AUGGCCAGAAAAUCCGCUACUAGAUACUACAAGUCUUAUGCGACUUCGCAAUGGUCGCAUCUACAGUUUCUCUCCUAUCAGGACAACAAAGACGAAAUCUUGUAUAAUUAUUCAAACUCUAAUCCAUGGUCGGACAAGAAAGAUAGGGCAGGACAGUUGACUUCUCACGAUGUAUCUUUGCUACCUUUGUCCCCUGGCCCUCAACGGGGACCACAACAAUGUGUUUCGCCUAAAGCGCUUCUCUCAAAGUCUUCACCCAGUCUUGACGUGGCUCUAUCAAGUAGCAAUAUUGUCCUUGCUAUGACAGCUCAAAAACUACGACGACCGUUUGAUAAAGUUUCCAUGGGAAAGACUAUCCGCGAAUUAUCUGGUGGCAAAUCCACACUACAAAAUGAGCUAGUAGGAGACUUUGUCGCUGAAUUUGGCAAGGUGCCAGAGGAAGCUGAAGAUAUGACCCUGGCUGCAUUGGGAGAAGCGCUGCAAGGUGCUUUUGUUGGAAAGCCAGCCAAACAGAUGACCACUCUAAUUGCUAGGUUAAUAUCAAGAAAGAUGCCCGCUGGAUUUAACCAAAACUCCAUGCAGGAUUACAUAUGCUCUCGCUGGGGCUUUUCCAAGACUCACUGUCUUGUUCCCAUCUGCCUUGCGACUACUAUUGAGCCGCCCGCCCGUUUAGCAAAUGCAGAUGCUGCACAGGCGUAUCUUGAUGAGUUAGUCAGCCGGUACGCGCUGCUUCAAGGGAUUUCUCUGGCCUCUGCCGAUGGCCUAUGUAGUGACCGGAGCGAAGCUAUGCCGUCUCCUGGGGGCUUUUCGAAUCAGGAGAUCCUUUAUAAAGAGCAGCACAGCUAUCACCGUAAGCAUUUUGAUAUACUUGCGAAGUAUCUGCAGAUAGACCUCGGAGCUUCAGAACAAUCGCCGCUGGACACGACUUAUCAAGAAACGUUAGAGAGAUGGAACGCUGAAUUUGAUGACCAGUUUUGUCAAGGUAUAGAGUCAAUCUUUGAUACCAGCCAGUCUCGAAACUACGACUCUUGGUGGAACUGGGCGAGAGAAGGACUUAUACAAUGGUUACACCAAAUUGCUUUAGGCCAGGUAGAGGCGGCUCUGCCAACGAAAGGCAACCACCUAGGCAGGAUGCUGAACCGGUGGGAUGCGACGUGUAGUAACAUUAUCAAGGCAGUGAUCAAACCGCCCCACCCUAUUUUAUGUCCAAACCAGACGAUUUAUCCUUGUUCGGAUGUCUCACUUGUGCUAAAAGAGGUUCUUCGUUUAGGAAACCUUGCUCUGGCAAGUGAUCCCAUUUAUAUCUACUCAUCGCCAGCCUUGGGCCCGCAAACCACAGUCAGCAGCUCAGGCCAACUGGAAUAUAUGGAGACAGCCCGGAAAGCGUCUUCCUAUCCGGACGUUGUACGCCAAGGACGUUUAUGUGCCGAUGACCUCAAAAAAAGAAUUCCUUUUGUUCAUCUUAAGUCUCGAAAAAAUGAAAGUGGGUGGGAAUAUGACGUGGACGCUACCAGGAUAUUUCAUUCAGUUCUAGGCGCCGGAACUACUACUGGCUUCAGCUAUGCCAGCAAGACUGUUUUAGUAACAGGGGCUGGCCCUAACUCAAUUGGAGCACAGGUCGUCCAGGGCCUUUUAUGUGGUGGUGCUCAGGUGGUCGUCACCACAAGUCGGACUAUCUCGGAAAGCGCGAGCUUUUAUCAAAAUAUGUACCGUCAGUAUGGCGCUAGAGGAGCGUCCUUGACAGUCCUUCCAAUGAACCAGGCCAGCAAACGGGAUUGUGAAUACCUGAUUGAGCAUAUAUAUGGUGUUAAUUCCCCUAUAGGCGGCGACCUAGACUAUGUCAUACCAUUUGCUGCUGUUCCCCAAGCGGGUGAAUUGGAUACAUUGGGAAGUCAUCAGGAGCUAGCACUUAGGACUAUGCUGGUCAAUCUCCUACGGACCAUCGGAUUUAUUCGGCAGCAAAAGGAGAAACGACGCAUUAGCUGUCGGCCAACAACGAUUGUUCUGCCCAUGUCAUGUAACGAAGGCUCCUUUGGCGGUGAUGGCUUGUAUGCGGAGUCAAAAGCUGGUUUAAAGACGCUCUUGAACCGCUUCCACUCUGAAGGCUGGUCAAGUUGCAUCACCAUUUGUGCAGCAGUUAUAGGUUGGACAAGAGGCACCGGUCUUAUGCGCUCGUCCAACUUUAUAGCAGAAGAAGUGGAGAAGCUGGGUGUUGUUACGUUCACACAGGCUGAAAUGGCAUUUAACAUCCUCGCGUUGAUGACACCUGGGAUCACUAUACUUGCUGAGCAAGCUCCAGUUUACGCAGAUCUCACCGGAGGGUUGGGUAAAAUGUGGGACAUCAAAGACCAUAUUUCAGCAAGUCGUAAGCAUCUUGCCGAAGAGGCGCAGAUACGGAAGGCCCUGCAUGAAGAAGACGCCCAUCAUUAUUCAGUGCUCUUCGGACCACAAAGGCAGCAGCCAGGGAACUCUGGGCUUAAUAUUAGCAGGCGGCGCGCCUUUCUCAAACUUCCAUUUCCAUCUCUACAACUCUAUGAUGACUUGGCAGUGAGCUUGCCCAAUCUUAAAGGGAUGAUAGAUCUCUCGCGUACGGUCGUCGUGGUAGGGUUUUCAGAGCUCGGGCCCUGGGGAAAUUCGCGCACUCGGUGGGAGAUGGAGCACCAAGGCCGGUUUAGCUUGGAAGGCUACAUAGAAAUGGCGUGGAUAAUGGGAUUAAUAAAUCACAUUGAUGGCGAUUGGAAAAGCCGAUCUUAUGUUGGCUGGGUCGAUGCAGAGACACAGGAGCCAAUACAUGAUCAUGAUAUUCCCCAAAGAUAUCAUGAAUACAUAAUGUCAAACGCGGGUCUACGUCUUAUUGAGCCGGGGGGCAUUGACACAUACAUUCCCUCUCAGAAAGAAUUCUUGCAGGAAGUGGCUGUCGAAGAGGACCUUCCACCUUUUGAAUGUUCAAAAACAUCCGCAGAAGCCUUCAAACUACGGCACGGCAGUAAUAUCACGCUGCAGCCUAUUACAGGGUCUGAUAACUAUCGUGUGUUUCUCAAGAAGGGUGCAGUUCUACUGAUUCCCAAAACAGUCCCCUUUCAUCAGUCUGUAGCAGGGGUAGUCCCUACUGGCUGGGACGCUUUACGUUAUGGCAUUCCAGAAGAGAUCGUACAACAGGUCGAUAAAACCACACUAUAUGCGCUUUGCUGUGUCUCAGAAGCUUUUCUAUCAGCUGGUAUUAGCGAUCCGUACGAUAUCUACCAACACAUUCAUGUUUCUGAGCUAGCAAACUGUUUGGGUACAGGAGGCGGGCCCAUGAAGAUCAUUCAGAAUAUGUAUCGGGAUCGAUUUCUCGAUCGUCAAGUACGGGGCGAUAUCAUACUGGAACACUUCCUGAACACAAUGGGUGCAUGGGUCAACAUGUUGCUCUUGUCUGCUUCCGGGCCCCUUAAGACUCCCGUCGGUGCAUGUGCUACCGCCUUAGAAUCCUUAGAUAUUGGCUGCGAUGCUAUUAUUUCCGGCAAGUGCAAGGUAGCUAUAGUUGGUGGCUGCGAUGACUAUCGUGAGGAGCUAUCGUUUGAGUUUGAUAGUAUAAAAGCUACAGCCAACUGUGCAGAGGAGCUGUCCAGAGGAAGGCUUCCCAGUGAGAUAUCUCGUCCAACAGCCAGCUCACGCAGUGGCUUCGCUGAGUCCGCCGGCUGUGGUGUACAACUCCUAAUGAAUGCUGAACUGGCCCUCAAGUUGGGCCUGCCAAUACACGGAGUUGUCGCGUAUUGCCAGAUGGCUAGUGACCAGGUCGGCCGCUCCAUCCCUGCUCCUGGCAAAGGCAUUCUAACUGCCGCGCGUGAGAGUCAUGAGGCUAAAGCAUCUCCAAUGUUAGAUUUUGGUUUCCGUCGCGCAGGCUUCGAUGAGGAGGUGGCGGAUGUCGAGCAAAGGUUUGUCACUGGACAGCUCAGGAAAGCACAGGGUUCAGGCGCCCCCGAGGAAGCAGCAGAACAAUUCAGGAGACUGAGAGUUCGCGAUGCCCAAUAUCGCUGGGCUCACGACAUUCGUCUCCAAGACCCAUCAAUAUCUCCACUCAGGGCAGCCUUAGCCACUUGGGGCCUAGGAAUUGACGAUAUUGGUGUCGUCUCGAUGCAUGGAACAUCAACCAAGGCAAAUGACAUCAAUGAAGGCGAAGUGAUCAACGUCCAAAUGGAACAUCUAGGCCGCCGCAAGGGAAAUCCAUUGCUCUGUGUAUGCCAGAAGUCAUUAACCGGGCAUCCAAAGGCCGCAGCGGGGGCGUGGCAGCUGAAUGGUUGCAUGCAGAUAUUGCAGGGUGGAAUAGUUCCAGGAAACCGAAACGCAGACAAUAUCGACCAGCAAUUGCGACAAUUUGAACAUUUGGUAUACCCUAUGGAGUCAAUCCAGACAACAGGGGUCAAGGCAACCAUGAUAACGUCUUUCGGUUUCGGGCAGAAAGGUGCCAUCGCCAUUAUUGUAGCACCUAGCUACCUUUUUGCGUCCAUCUCUGCGUCAAUGUAUGAAGAAUAUAGUAUGCGAGUGACGCAACGACAGCGAGCUGCUAAUCCAAUGUUUGUCUCUCGCAUACUAAACAACCGUAUCGUGCAAGUAAAGAGCCUCCCACCAUGGGAGAACCGAGAUGCGACGGAAAAGGUCUUUCUGGACCCAGGCAGCUGUCUGCAAGAUGACCAGACGCAGCCUACUAACGAAGCACAUGAAAGCCCGUCGAAUUCAAUCAACGUUAUCGCUGAUCACAACUCGCGGAAAUUCGAGAACCAGGAUGAAGGAAACACCUUAUCUUGCCUUGUUGAACGCAUGCUCGUAGAAGCAGUCGGGAGAUCCAAAGGCACUUUGCCCCCAAGCGUGGGAGUUGAUGUAGAAGAAAUCGCCAGCAUCAAUAUCGAGAACGAGGCGUUCUUAAAGCGCAACUUCACUAUGGCUGAACGUGAGUACUGUUCGAAGGCUACCAAUCCUCAGGCCUCGUUUGCAGGUCGAUGGAGUAUCAAGGAGGCAGUGUUCAAAAGUCUUCAGACCUCCUCCUCGGGACCCGGGGCUGCAAUGCACGAGAUUGAGGUCCUCAACCACUGUGGCGUCCCAAAAAUUACCCUUCAUGGGCAAGUCAAGGAUAUCGCCCAAGCCAAAGGUAUAGAUAGUGUUGAGAUAAGUAUCAGCUAUUCAACCAAUGCAGCUGUUGCAAUUGCUGUGGCCGUAAAAGGUUGA